GUCUCUGCGUUGACCCUUUUGCGUGAAACAGGAAAUUACAUCAUGGCAUUCCUGGACACCGCCCUUUCUGUCUAAAUAAAGUGGCCCAGUCAACAAUCACCUUUCACUCGUCUCUUGGGAUUCAAACAUUCGCUCAAGUCAUAAAGUCUUCAUUAUGGCUACCAAGAUGGUCAUCCAGCAGCCAAGGGCGAUUGCAGUGACGCCCUCUUCGGACCAGUGGACCACCAGCAUCUGCGAGUGCGAUAGCGUCAACGAAUGCUGUUUCUCGGUGUGGUGCUUUCCUUGUUUCGCCUGCAUCACAGCUCGAGAUCAUGGUGAAUGUCUCUGUCUCCCUCUUUUGGAUAUAUUCGGCCUCAUCCCACCGGCUACUCUGUCCAUGAGGGUGUCAACACGCAGACGCUAUGGCAUUACGGACACUAUUUGCAACGACUGCGUGUACACUUUCUUCUGCGGCCCAUGCAGCUGGUGUCAAAUCAGACGGGAGAUGAAGGCCAGACUACAUCCUGUUACACUGCUGAACAACAGGCCAAUGGGUUAAUCAUCAUCAUCAUCAUCAUCAUCAUCAUCAUCAUCAUCAUCCUCAUGAUCACAAUUACCAACUCGCCCUAAUCCUAUCAUCAGCAAGUGAAGUCUGUGUUUCUGCCUAGCGUAACCUGUGCCUUGUUCCAAAACUAAUCUUGAAUGCUUGUGUAGCCUGGUGAAAUCUGGAAUAUCGAUCACCUCUUUCUCCAAUACACACCCAUUCAAAAGCCGGUUUCAGUCUGAUAAGGGAGUUGCAUGCCAUCUAAUCGCUGUUUUGGCAUCAGCUUGAGGAGUGGUGAGGAAUGCUGCUCACAUAUGAAGACUGAUCAGAUACCACCUGUAACCAUGUAUAGAAAUGUAACAUACUAAUGCAUUUACUACGGUAAUCUUACAAAAUUCCUUCUAAUGUUAAUUUAAAUUUGCUACAUUUCACUAGGAUAUUUUUCCAUAAUUCCAUAUUUUUACGCCUAAUGAUGAUUGCAUACCUAAUAUUGUACUGUUCUCUUAUCACCUACUUUAUGGCAUGUCUGCUUCUCCAUCAUCACUGAAGCACGAAAGGAUCUAAUAAGAUCAUUUUGUGUAUAAAAAUUCCAGUGAAAUUUGGCUUCGAACAAUGUAAAUGUGUGCUUUUGAAACAAUUAUCAAUAAACUUCUUGAAAAUAAA